AUGCCGCCACAGAGGCAAUGCAGCCACUGUGAAAAGGAGAAGGCCGUAUUGAAAAGGCCUAGAAAUGGGAAGCUGUUGUGCCAGCGCUGUUUUUUCAACUUAUUUGAGGCUGAGGUACACGAAACAAUAAUGAAGGAGAAAUUGUUUAAGCCCGGGGACAUUGUUGCGUGUGGUGCGAGUGGUGGGAAGGACAGCACCGUGCUUAUUCACCUAAUGAAACUCCUGAAUGAGCAGCACGAGUAUGGGAUUCAGCUGUUAUUACUGAGCAUCGACGAGGGAAUUGCCGGCUACCGUGACGAUAGCCUCAAAACUGUUCAUCGCAAUGCAGAGGUGUACAAUCUCCCACUACGUGUGUUAUCGUACAAGGAGCUGUACGGCUGGACGAUGGAUGAGGUGGUGAAGGUUACGGGUUUACGUAGCAGUUGUACGUAUUGUGGUGUGUUUCGCCGUCAAGCACUUGACCGGGGCGCAGCAAUGCUGGGGGCGACAAAGGUGGUGACUGGCCACAACGCUGACGACUUGGCUGAGACGAUUUUGAUGAACAUUUUACGUGGGGAUCUUCCACGUUUGUCGCGGUGCACGAGUGCUAUCACCUCGGGGGAAAGUCUUCUCCCACGCGUGAAACCGCUUAAGUACGCUUAUGAAAAGGAGAUUGUACUGUACGCACACUUCAAGAAGUUGGACUACUUCACCACUGAGUGCACGUACAGUAAGGAGGCCUUCCGCAGUGAGGCGCGUACGCUUCUGAAGAAUAUCGAAAUUCUACAACCGCGUUGCAUUUUGGACACCAUUCGCACCGGAGAACAACUUCGUGUGAAGGAGCAAGAGUGUGCCACAGAGAAUCCACCGAGUGCCUGUACAAGAUGCGGGUAUGUCACGAGCCAGUCGCUGUGUCGUGCUUGCGUGUUACUGCAAGGACUAAAUAUGAAUGGGCCAGCGGUGUGCGUACGCGAGCAACCGCAACCGCAGCAACAACAACAACAGCAAAAUGUGGAGGUAGAGGGACAAUAA